AUGACAUCCUUUAUCGUUGUGUUUUUUGCUUUCGCUCUUGUGCUUCCACUGUAUGCUGUGCCGGUCACGCGAACGUCGUCAACAGACACGCUCAUAUAUGAUGCUGUGGUGGUGGGAACCGACGAAGUUGUCGAAUUGAUGCCAGCUCUCACUGGCUUACCGAGUCCAAUUUUCAUUCUAACGAAUGUAGACAUCGGUACGUGUGCUUCAGGGGAGAUAUGCGUCGCAGAAGCCUUCACGGAUAGUGCUAGCCAUGUAGCAUCAUCCGUGGUUGCUGAGUUUCGCGUGUUGCCCGCUUCGAUCGUUACCGCACUGGAGGACAUUGUUGAGGCUAUAGAUGCAGGGAUUGAGGCAGGGCGAGACUAUUGGGAGUGUGUCAGCUUCGGAGGGUUCGUCUGGUCGAUCAGCUGUGUCAAACAGACACCAUCUACGCAGAACGCUUCGCCAGACGUGGUAUCAAACCCUUCAAUGUCUGCGACAACCUCUGUCAAUUCUUCUGGUACAGGGGCUAGGAUAUCAGCGAGUAACAGCUCUGAGGGCAACAGUCCUCCAGCAAACACACACAAUACUGCUCUCAAUAUGGCAGGGUCUCUGCCAGUCACGAACAAGGGGUUGGGAGGCAGUAACCGUACUAGAUCUGGAACACCGACAACUUCGUUACCUACAGGUCUAGUCACCUAUGCCGUCAAAAUCACAAACUCCCAAGGCUCCGUCACGAAUGAGAUUGUCCAAGUGGGAUACUCUUCAGGUGUGCCGAGCACAAACGCUUCGUUCGCGUACGUAGACAGUGUCAUGACUACGGUGACAAUUGUGCCGAUUGGAGUUUCGAUCCAGACUAUUACCACCUCAACAUGUACCACUGCAGGCGCCAUUAUUACCGCGACAUCGUCUGGAAGCACCAUCGCAACCGAGGUACCUGAAUUAUGCACACACGGUCUUGCAUUCCUCAUUUUUGGGCUACCAGGAUUUCAUUCGUCUUCCGAAUUUCCUUUUCUCUGCCACAAACUAUCCUCCUUUCCUUUGGGGAUCAUAUGGCGUUUAUUCUGUCCUCUUGGUGGACCUCCUACCAUUUCAAUCAUCAGCAUCGAUCCAUCAAAAUUGCCGCCAGGCGAGAACCCAAAUGGUGACAAUCCUGACGACGAAACGCCUACUCCGACUCAAAGCCCGAGCCAAACAAUGCAGAGCAUGGUUUCUUCAUCAGCUGCAGAGACGCCAACUCGAUGCGUGGUCAUGCCAUUAGUCAAUACCGCCCAAUCCGCGACCAAUUCUCUGUUCGCCCCAUAUGCUCAACGGAAGGAUGUCACGCAAGCAAAUAGAAGCGACGGCACCCUGGAAUUUUUCGCCUUAGAGCUCAGCGACACCGAGGCUUCGGUCAUCGAUGCUGAUUCUGAUUUUAUCAUCAUACAAGAAUCAGAACUUGAAAUCGAAAUGCCGGACAGUGGACAGACGGAUCUAGAUCUUAACGGCACCAUCUAUGCGACGGAGCCUCUUGAUUCGAACCCUAACGUGGGCUCAAGAGAUCUUCAUGAUGGAGACUAA